GCAUUGCAUUAAGGAAACUGCCAUACGGCAUCUACAAACAGACCAUAUCCAAAAGGAUAAGGGUAACAGAUAAGGAUAAGGGUAACAGAUAAAGAUAAGAACAAACUGGAGAAACAAAGCAGAGUAGGCCCGAUGCGUGGGAGGAAGGGAGGUGAAGUCACUUGAGCAAUUUGGGGUUGACCGAUCCAGCCAUGGGACACCCUUCAAUCUACUCCGGAGAGGAUGGCGCGAAAUCUCCAGGACGCCGCGGCAGAGAUCCAGUCCGGCGAGGCCAGAUCUGGAAAAUUAGCGAGCACCUCCCAAGAUCUGCAGGAAAAGCCGAGGGUCGCCAGAUCUGAAAAACAAACUAUACAAGAAAACAAAGAAAAACAAACAACAAGAAAACAGGAAAACCAAAGGGGUCACCAGAAAAGGGCCCAAAAGCCGACAGACCCGGAGGGUCAUCGGAGGAGGGAGCACAGGGCGACUCCAUCAUGCUUGAGCGGCCGGGGAGCCCGGCGGCUCAAGCAUCAAAACCUCGGAAGCUCAAAGGCUCCCGAGCAAAACCAACGCAGCACCGGAGAAGGGGCAGAAGCAGGAGAGAAGGGAGAGAAAAGGGGGAAAGAGAGAGAGAGAAUCUAAUACAUAAAGUACAUAUUUAAGU